UCUGAGACUCCGCCCCAAUCUUGCUGAAAAGCGGAGACCUGGGGCUACGGCUUUACGGCGUUCCUGACCGAGGACUGCGUGGGAUCUGGGAAUGAAUUUUCCGCCGGAACGCGAGCACCCACUUUUCCCGACUGUCGGUUACAUUUCCCAGAAAUCUCCACGGUCCACGGCCCUUUCUUACUCUUCGGCGGCCACCUAUGCUACCCCGCCCUGUCGGUUCGCCCAGGUCUUCGACGGUGUUCCAGCGUAGCUGGGCGGUCUGGACUGCGUUUCGCUAAAGGCUGGGAACGCUACGCGAUUCUGGGCGGAGAAGACUGUUGUGCGGGCCGCCCAGGCUCCAGUAGUUUUCCUCCUCUGGACUACAUUUCCCCGAGGGCUCCGCGGUGUAAGCAGCUUUUGGCUGAAAGUGGCUGGCUGGUGGUGAGUUGGCGGGAGUUCGGACGCUAAGGAUCGGGACAUUCCAGGCGACCUCGCUCACUGGUUUGGGGAGGAUUCAACCAGACUGGAGAGAGAGGAGCCCAGAGAAGUGGACGAAUCCGGAAGAGGAGGAGAGAAGAGCCGCUGUGCAUCAGAAGUCAUGGCUGAGGACUUGAAGUUCAAAGAUGUGGCCAUUUACUUUUCUCAAAAAGAGUGGGAAUGCUUGCACUUUGCUCAGAAGGAUUUGUACCGAGAGGUGAUGUUUGAGAAUUAUAACAACCUGAUUGCACUGGGAUUUUCUAACUCUAAGCCAGAUGUGAUCUCCUUAUUGGAGCAGGGGAAGGAGCCUUGGCUGGUUAGGAGCAAGGAUAAAGAAUGGUGUCCAGAUUGGGAGUCCAGAAGAGAAACCAAGACUUUUUCUCAAAAGGAAGACAAUUAUGAAAUUCAGACAUUGCAACCAGAGAUAACAAAAAGACUUACAAGCUCUAACCUUGAGUGCACUAGGAUCAGAAAUAGAGAAAUCAGAUGCCUCUUGGAGAGACUACCAGAGGAACGUUUCAGACAAGCCAUAAUAACCUCCAGAGAAAGGUCCACUUCCGUUCAGCACACAGAUCAUAGAGCACCUCAGACAGUUCAUACUGGAGCAAAACCCUCUGAAUCCAAGGAAAGUAAAGAAACUUUCAGGUACCAAUCACACUACAGACAACAUGAAGGAAAUCCUAAUAAGGAAAAAGACUCUAAAUGCAGAGAAUGUGGGAAAGCUUUUAAUAACAGGUCAGAUUUGAUUAAGCAUCAAAGAGUCCAUGAAAGCAAAAAUAGUAACAAGAAAUUUCUUCAUGACUCUGAAGUUACCAAAUCUCAGAGCAGUAAUACUCCUGAGAAACCUCAUAAAUGUAAGGAAUGUGGGAAAGCCUUUCAUUCUAGCUCACAACUUGGUAAACAUCAAAAGAUUCAUAUGGGUGAGAAACCCUAUAAGUGUACGGAGUGUGGGAAGGCCUUUCCAUCUACCUCACAACUUAAUUUACAUCAGAGAAUUCAUACCAAUGAGAAAUACUAUGAAUGCAAGGAAUGUGGGAAAGCCUUUACCCGUCCCUCACACCUUUUUCGACAUCAGAGAAUCCAUACUGGUGAGAAACCCCAUAAAUGUAAGGAAUGUGGGAAAGCUUUCCGUUAUGACACACAACUGAGUCUUCAUCAAAUAAUUCAUACUGGUGAACGACGCUAUGAAUGUAGAGAUUGUGGCAAGGUAUAUAGUUGUGCCUCGCAGCUUAGUCUACAUCAGAGAAUUCAUACUGGUGAGAAACCUCAUAAAUGUAAGGAGUGUGGGAAAGCUUUUAUCUCCGAUUCACAUCUUGUUCGACACAUGAGUGUUCAUACUGGUGAGAAACCCUACAAAUGUAAGCAGUGUGGGAAGUCCUUCCGUCGUGGCUCAGAACUUACCCGACAUCAGAGAGCUCACACUGGUGAGAAGCCCUAUAAAUGUCAGGAAUGUGAAAUGGCCUUUACUUGUAGCACAGAACUUAUCCGACAUCAGAAAGUUCACACUGGUGAGAGACCCCAUAAAUGUACAGAAUGUGGAAAGGCUUUUAUUCGAAGGUCAGAACUUACUCAUCACCAGAGAAGUCAUAGUGGCGAAAAACCAUAUCAGUGUAAGGAAUGUGGGAAGGCCUUUGGUCGUGGCUCAGAACUUAGUCGACACCAGAAAAUUCAUACUGGUGAGAAACCCUAUGAAUGUGCACAAUGUGGGAAGGCCUUUAUUCGUGGCUCACACCUUAGUCAACAUCAAAGAAUUCAUACAGGGCAAAGGAGUGAAUGAAGACGUGCGAAGGCUCAGAAUUUGACACCUGGAAAUUCAUAAUAGUAAACCACAAAAUCACAAAAACCCCUGUGAUUGUAAGGAAUGUUAGAACGUAUUUAAGAAUAACAACUUAGUAUCAGAGUUCAUGCUGUGGAUUUGAGGCCUUUAAGGGCCAGAAUUUGACAUUUGUUACUGAUGAAAAAGUUCAUAAAGGUUAGGAAUUGGGAGGGGUAUAUUUACGUUUCAGAAUUUAUUCUAUACCAGAGUUCAAUUGGUAAAAAAGUGGAAGUCCAUGACUGUAGGGAAAGUGGGAAGGCUUAGUUAGGAAGGCAGUGAAUAUGUUAGAGACCAUCAUUCUAACUUUUCUCAACAUCAAAUGGAGUCCUUAUGGGAAAUUAGAGGAGUCAUAAUAUAUACCUUAUGUAUAUAAUACAUAUAUGUGAGACACCAGUUUGCUUUGGCUAACAAGUUACUCAUCCGAUAGCUCAUAGUAGAGAAAAGCUACACUGUUAAAAAUGUAGAUUCUUCUGCUCCACUCAAUUCUUGUUAAAUAUUGGCCAGCUCGUUCUCUAAAAUUAACUUGAACUGAAUCAGAGUGGGGAAGGAUUUGACCAGUAUUUAGUGGUAACUUGCCUUCACCAUUAUCACUUCUUAUAGGGCCAAUCACUUAACUGAGUUUUCUUAUUUAUAAAUUAGUAGUAUUAGCCUCAUAUUUUUUAGGAGCAUUUUAUACAUUAUAUCCCUUAGAAUAGUGUCUGGCUCAUAUUGAAAGUUAAGAGCUGCCUUAUUCUUACUUUAUUUUAAUAAUUGUAUUAGGGAUCAUAUGAGAGGAAGGCCUUAUAUGUGCAAUGACUAUAUAAACAUCUUACAUCAUCUUUCUUUGUGGAAUGUUAGGUAAUGCUUUCUGGAGAAAACUAAAAACUGAAGCUUUCAUUCAUAGGUUGCCUCUCUGCCCCAUCAGGGGAUUCAUAAUGUGAAGAAUUCUAAUGAAUAAAAGUGGAUUUCUUAGACGUCAAAGAGAAGAUUUAGAUGAUUUUUUUAAAAAUUCGCAAAAAAAAACCACCACACAUCCCACAAUCUGACCUCUCUACUAGAGAAUUAGAAAACGAAGCCUUAACCAAAAUCCAUUUCUUCACAAGAACUUUAAGAGAUACCUGUAUAAUUUUUAUAUUAAAAAGAAAGUCAAGGCAAAUGAUCAUUAGGAAUGAAUGACAAAGAGACAACUUCAUGUUAAAAUUUGUAGGAUGAAACCAAAGCUAUACUUUCAAUAUGUGUAGAAAACAGGGAGAAUUAGAAGCCAGGAUUCAUCCUCCCCUCAUUGUACUUGGUGCACUGCCUGUUCCUUGUAGGUUCCCAGUAAACAUUUGGUGAUCAGUGAAAUUAGUGAAUUGAAUCAGCAUCCAACUUGAGUAUGUUAAGAUGCAAAGCCCCCAAAAACAAAGACACGUUCAACUUUUUUGAAAUGAAAAAGAUUGUACCCUAAAAAGAAAAAAUUCAAGCAUCAUAAAGGAAAAAGGAUAUAUAACUACAAAACUGAAAGAGAUUUCAAGAAAUACCGCAGUAUUGUGGCUGACACUGUUGGUUGCCGAUCUGUGGUGUUAACCAUUCUCCCUUGGCCAGGGUUGCCAGCUGCCAACCUAAGUCUAAAGGCCUGAUGCUUGUCUUGCUAACUGCUUUGCAUCUGGGUCUAUGUAUAAGAGUCCUGGCUACAGAAGAUAUCAGCAGACGUCUGCAAGUGAACUUCAGUUAAAUUUUCUAUGCUAACAAAAUAGGAGGAAAUGGUCUCCCUCUAUACAGGAUGCAAGUCUGUAUGUCUGUACAAGAUCUGGAAUUGUGGCCAUUAUGCAGCCAGGGAUGAGAAGGCGAGUUUGGCACAGGUGAUAGACUGGAAUGACCUGUGUCCUUGACAUUGCUGAGCUGAUGAAAUAAUUCAGAACUGCCCUGUGCCGGGACUUGUGUGAAAUAAGGAAUUCUAUGCAUAUCUGUUGUAAGUUUAAAUACAACAUGAGCCCUGGAAAAAUAUAUUUUCAUAUAUAAUAUAUAUACACAUUUAUUCAAUUUUAAUUUAGAAGAUGAGAAAAUGUUUACAUUCAGCUUUUUAUAGUAUAUGAAAUUGUGGAAAAAGCAUUAUCAAGUAUUUUCUUAAACGUGUGUGUGUAUAUAUAUACACACAACUUUGAUUUGUUAAGAUGGAAGAAGUGUGUUAUAUUCCACGUUUUACAGUGUAUGUUUUAUAUUCAGUUUUUUAGAGUAUGUCUGAUCCAGGACAAGUAGUAUUUUCCUGAAUAUAGUAAUAACCAAGACAAAACUGAGUAAGGAGCUACACCAUAUAAUUCCUCUGGUACUAGAGUAUCUUAGAAUAUUUUCUAAAUAUCUCUCUAGUUAUUUUUUCUCUCUAAAUCUCUCUCUAGUAUAUUAAGUCUUUAAGAUACAAAGAAUAUCAGCUAUGAGGGUAGCAUAGCCCCUAUGUCAGAUUGGGAAAAGGGCAGCAGCCAAAUGAAGUCAGAUAUAAAAAUAAUCUAUUGUGGAGUUCCCGUCGUGGCGCAGUGGUUAACGAAUCCGACUAGGAACCAUGAGGUUGCGGGUUCGGUCCCUGCCCUUGCUCAGUGGGUUAACGAUCCGGCGUUGCCCUGAGCUGUGGUGUAGGUUGCAGACGCGGCUCGGAUCCCGCGUUGCUGUGGCUCUGGCGUAGGCCGGUGGCUACAGCUCCGAUUCAACCCCUAGCCUGGGAACCUCCAUAUGCCACGGGAGCGGCCCAAGAAAUAGCAACAACAACAACAAAAAAGACAAAAGACCAAAAAAAUAAAUAAAUAAAUAAAAAUAAAAAUAAUCUAUUGUGCCUGUGGUAUAAUGAAUAUUCCAAUUAAAAUAGUCAAAUCUAGCAGCCUAUUAAAACCAUUUUUUUUAUCCAGAAUAAAUGGUUCAUGACCUGACCUGUCAGAUUAUAAAGAAAUGUUUAGUUUGCACAUUGAAAAAUAGACAUGAAAAUAACUGAGCCACUGAAAGUAGUAAACUGUUACAGUAUAUGCAUAUGCAACUAACGUGGGGUCCCUGCAGUUGCCCACGUAAUCGCACCAUGUAAACAUGGUCUGUAGACAGUCAUGACAUUUGGAAUAAUCACAAUCCAGUGGAUUCCACCUUUGCCCCGUACUUUAGGGGGGAAAAUACAUAUAUACAUACAUUACCAAGUUUUCUACACUGGUUUAUUUCAUAAGUCUGUUCUUAAAAGUUGUACAUACUCUUCCAAGAGGAGAACAUAUACCCUUUAGAAGAAUUGAAAAAUAUAAAAAGCCAGGCAAAAUUAGAUGUCUUCUUUUCAUUACAAUUUCUAACAUUUGAGUUAUAAGAGAUUAUUCUGAUGUCUUGCCCUAUAUACCUAUCUCUACUUUUAAAACUUGAAAGUUCUAUUCCAAAUUUAUAUAACUUGUUUUACCAAAAACAAGUUAUACUGCAAAGGUUUAAACAGGGCAAAAACAAAAAACUAUCUAUUUCCUGAAGUACCAACAUAAAAAGCCUUUCAUUCUGGAGUUCCCUUUGUGGCAGAGCGGAAACAAAUUCGACUAGGAACGUGAUGCUGCAGGUUCGAUCCCUGGCCUCGCUCAGUGGGUUAAGGAUCUGGCGUUACCGUGAGCUAUGGUGUAGGUCGCAGACACGGCUCAGAUCCUGCGGUGCUGUGGCUGCAGUGUAGGCCAGCAGCUGUAGCUCCGAUUUGACUCUUUGACCCCUAGCCUGGGAACCUCCAUGUGCCACAGGUGUGGCCCUAAAGAAACACACACACACACAAAAACCCCACUUUUCAUCCUUUUUUCUAUACCCUCAUACCCACAUCUCAGGUUUGUUUUGGUGAUGGGGUUCCUGGCUGGGAGGGGUGUAGUUUGAAGACGGUUGUACUACCGCGUUGACAUUCAGCCUCCUUUUCCCCCUUGGUAACAUACCAUGCACUUCCUUCCAUUUGAAACUUAACAGAUGUAACUUUAGCUUUAAAUACGCAUGUAAUAAAGACAAACCAUAAUAUAU